GUGGAAUUUGAGUGUUCAUUGAAAUUCUUCCGUGUAAGCGUUGUAUUCAAGAUGGAGACGGCCAGUAAAAUGAGCUUAGCAGCUCUACAACAGCAAGAUCCAUAUAUCAACAAACUUCUCGAUGUUACCGGACAGGUAGCACUGUACACAUUUAAUUCAAAAGCAAAUGAGUGGGAAAAGACCGAAAUUGAAGGUACUUUAUUUGUUUAUGCCAGGUCUGCUUCCCCUCAUCAUGGUUUCACCAUCAUGAAUCGGCUGAGCACAGAAAACCUUGUGGAGCCCAUCAACAAAGACCUAGAGUUCCAGCUCCAAGACCCCUUCCUGUUGUACCGAAAUGCUAACUUAGGCAUAUACAGCAUCUGGUUCUACGAUAAGAAGGACUGCCAGCGAAUCGCUCAGCUCAUGGUGAAGAUCGUGAAACAGGAGGCCUUGCAGGCCCACCGGGUCUCCCCAGAGAGAGCCAGGGUGCCUGGGGGAACCAAUGGAUGCACAGAACCCCGCCCUAUUGACAUCCUGGAGCUCCUCAGCAAGGCCAAGGAUGAAUACCACAGGGCUCAGACAGGUGAAACAGAGAUGUCCGUUGCAUCUGAACACGGGGUGAACCCUGAGACGCUGAAAACCGCAGGCGAAACUACAGAGCGUGCUCACAGCACACCACAGCCAGAGAAGAGCUCCCACUCUGGCCAGAGACAAAUCACAGUGGAGGAGCUGUUUGGCAGUUCUCUUCCCAAGGAGGCUGGCCUCCUGCCAGUCACACCCACACAGAGUUCCACAGAACCUGUAGCUCCGAGCCCUAAUAGCUUCCUCCAGGCCCAGAGCUACAACCCAGUCGUACCCUUCCAGCCUUUACUGGCCCCCAGCCUCACAACAGACCCGGGGGGCAAUAACCGCCACCUCGCUCCUGGUCUGGUCUCUCUGAUGGAGGCGAGAGGUGGCUGUGGCUACACCCUAGAGGCCAGCCCGGUCUUCCCCAGUGGACCUCCACAAGACCCCCAAACCCAGCACCCGGUUUCUCCGCUGCUGGCGACCCCAUCCGGCACUGAGGCUUGCAGUCCUUCCACCUGCCCCCCGUCAGCCUACCUGGGCCAGGAUCUCCUGGGCUGUCUGAAACCAAGCCCCUCGGACCUCCACAAACCCACCCUCGCUCCCAGCUUCCUGGCCAGCCCGCUUGCCACGCCCCAGAGCUUCAGAGAGCCAAUCCCCAAGCCCGCUGCCCUCUGCAGUGUACCUACACAGCUCAAGAGCAAGGAACUGGACUUAUUCCAGCAGACCCAAAAACUUUCAGAGCCAAUGCCGGCCGUGGCUAUGAAGGUGGGACAUGGGGUACCCGGGCCGGGCCCUUCACUUGCAGGGUCAGAGCUCUCUGUGCUGCUCUCUCCGAGUGCUUUUCAGCAGUCUGUCACCAAGGCGACAGAGCUGCCGAGGCGAGCCGCCCCUCCUCCGGCCGUGGCCCUUGGGGAGACUGCCCCACCCCCCUGCAAUAGGACUCAGCUACAGGACACGCUCCUCCACCUCAUCAAGAAUGACCCAGUGUUUCUCCGUGCCAUCCACGAGGCCUACCUCCAGAGUCUCUCCAAGGACCUGAGCAAUGUCAAGCUAUAGCCUCAGUCCAGACUUCAGGGCGGGGGCGCCGGCUAACCCUGAACAACAGGUCCUGAAACUGUUUCCGCCCCCAGCCAUGUACAGACACUCUUACUAUUAUGUGAAGGCCUAGACUUGCCCUCUGUUCCUCUGGAGCAGCUACGAGACGGCAGUACUUAAACCCAGAAGAGUCUCUUGGCACCCCCUUUUACCCCGUGUGGAGGAAGAAGGUAAAGUGGAGGGAGAUGUUGCACUUGACAGCAGUGCCAAAUCAUAUGCUUAUCGUCCCUCUGUACUGGGGCACCACUUCCAUCGCUUUAAUGGAGUUAGGGAAUUUCUGUGCAAGUCGAGCUUCACAAUGCUCCAUGUUCUGCCUGAGUACAGCUGGGAUUCUCCACAUACUGUCAUUGUCUGUCAUGUUGUGUUUCUUUUCAUACCGCUCUCCCUUUGUGCCGCGCCGCUCUGCCGCUCUCCCUUUGUGCCGCGCCACUCUGCCGCUCUCCCU